AAAAAAUACAUCAUAUAAUGGUCGCUACAGGAAUUUCCGUUGGUAGAAUUGGUAGAAAGGGUUUCCCAACCACCAAGAGAGCUAAGGUCACCAAGACCCAAAAGCCAUCCAAGCACAGAGUUGUCAAGGAUAUCGUCGAAGAAGCCAUCGGUGUUGCCCCAUACGAAGCUAGACUCGUCGAUCUCGUUGAAGUUUCUGAAAAGAGAGCUUUGAGAUUCGCCAAGAGAAGACUCGGUGAUCUUACUCGUGCCAAGAAAAAGAUCAGAGCUAUUGAAGAUCUCAAGAGAAGAAUCAGAAAGAGACAACAAGAAAGAAUUGCUGAACAAACCAAGCAAGCUGAAAAGAAGUAAAUUGCCCUCCAUUUUUACAUUAAAAUAUAAAAUUCU